AUGAGCAACCGAAUUCGGCCCUGUUUGGCGACGAAGAAGGAGAUUUGCGGCGGGAUUAUUUUCUCGGAGAUGCUUCAACGCGCAGAAGUAACAAAUGAUCCGGUCUGCGCAGUAGCUGGCCACGGCCCAGUACUAACUGUAGCCCAUACAAAAUACAUCGAAUUAUUUCGCUACGAAGAGCACCACGGUUGGCAAUUCAAGUGCGCCAAGGAAAUUCAAUACCCACCUGAAAGAAUUCAAAUCAAAUGCAACUCGCCGACAAUGCAUUCUGGCUCCAACGAUGGCGAUCACUGUAUAAUUGCGUAUUCCUACGACUCCAAGAUCAUGAUCCUCCGCGUCAUCGGAGAUGAAUUCUUCGAAGAAGACUCCCACGAUUUCGACCCUUCCAGAGCUAAAAGGCCGAUUUCCACUUAUUCGAGCUCAUCAAUCGGCUCGUCGGUUCCAUUAAGAGUCGAGCACUUGCGUUUCAUCGGAACGCAGCUGAUGGGCGUUUCCGAGCGCUCGGAGAAUAUCGCGUUUUGGAAUACGAAACGAAGGGGAAAAUGGCAGCAGCAAAAGUUGGAAGACACGAUUUUAUGCCUUGAAAGUGUGAGCACUUUUGUCUACAUGGGAUGCGACAGCGGAAGAAUUCAUUUCACUGAUUUGGAGAAAUUUCCAUUGAGGACAAAAGACAACUCGCUACUGGUGACGGAGCUGUAUACUGACCCAAUGAAGGAACCAAUAACCGCGCUGGCGGUGUCAUACGAUCGCAAUCCAACGCAAGAGAAGCACUACGAUUGGGAAACGCUAGAACUUUGUUAUGGGACUAGAGAAGGCACUGUUCGCGUUGUGGUUCAAUCGCCAGGGUUUAACAAGUUUGGACUUCGUUCUCUUCAGCUUUUGCAGACCUACAAAGUCCACUGUUCUCCGAUCACAAAUGUUGCUCUUUCGGGCCGAUUUCUCAUCUCCGUCUGCGCAUCAAACCACGUUCGUACUUGGGCGAUGACCCGAUUUCGUGGAACUCUUUCCACGCAGCCUGGUUCCGCCCCCUUCGCCAACUUCCACCUCACUACCACUCAAACUUCGCCAUCUUUACCUUCUUCGAUAAAAUGCGGGCCCUACGGAGACGUGGGUAACUCUGACGAAACGCAGAUCUUUUGCCAGUUGCCUAUGCAGCUUUCGGACACACUCCUCGUGAGAGCAGCGGACAAAGGCGCUAGAAUUGGAACUCUGACGUCUGUCAAUGGCUCCCCGAUUACGACAUUCUUGAGUCAUGAUUUUGAGAGCCUUCCGAGAAUGGGACUCAAGCCGUUCCGACUCGUUAUGACUGGCCACCUUGACGGCUCAGUGCAAGUCUGGGACCUGACCAAGCCGCUAGAACAGUACCAAAUGCCCCAGAACAUGCUUAACCCGAACAACUCCACAACUGGUGGCGACAUUACAACCCAGGAACUAAUCGAAAUAGCCCAGAAAGCUGACGAAGCCAAAAUUGCCCUUACAAAAGUCGCGCAUUCUUCAUAA